GAGGACACUUCCGGUUACGCCGGAAGCCUGUAUAAGAGGCCUGCGGAGACCCGGUGAGGCGUUCACUUUGUGCUGGGGCGCUCUAGUGCGACCAUGGACCGGAAGAAAAAGCCUUUGGACGUCACGGCGUCCUCGUUGGUAGACCUUAAGGCUGAACUCUUCCGAAAACAAGAAGAAUUCAAACAAGAAAAACUUCUAAAAGAUGCUGGAGUUUUGGGGAAACCAAAACCAACUACUAAGAAACCAAGUAUCUGGAGCAGACAAAACACAGGAGUUUCGAAUCGAGCUGAGAAGGAUGCUGAACAGAAGAUUGAGGAACAGAAGACUUUGGACAAAGCGAGGGAGAAAUUGGAAGAAAAAGCCAAAUUAUAUGAAAAAAUGACUAAAGGAGCCUUUAUAGAUGAAGAAGUGGAGGAUAUGUACCUUGUGGAUUUCACACAGAAGAUCAUAGACAAACGCAAAGAAAUGGAAGAGCUUGGUGCCAAUAGAGAUUAUAGAAAGACAGAAAGAGAUGAUGAUGAAGAAACCGUUUCUGAAAAAGAUAUCCCUCCUCCCCAGGAUCCCAGUGAAGAAUGGGUGGAUUAUGUGGAUUCUUUAGGGCGAUCCCGGCGCUGUAUGAGAAAGGAUUUGCCACAUCUGCUGGAAAUGGAUAAAAAUCUUCAGGGGAGGCUUUUCAUUAGUCCUGCAAAUGAAAAAACCUUACUAUCUGAAGAUAUGAGAAAAGAACUCCAGCGCCAGCAAUGGGAGGAAGAAGAGAGGGAGUCCCUGAGAAGACCAAUGGGACCCGUACAUUACGAAGACAUUCGUGAAAAUGAGGCCCGGCAACUUGGUGUUGGAUACUUUGCCUUUGCCCGAGAUAAAGAGUUGAGAAACAAGCAGAUGAAAACUUUAGAAAUGCUGCGUGAGCAGACAACAGAUCAGAGAACAAAACGAGAAAAUAUAAAGGAAAAGAGAAAGGCUAUGUUAGAAGCAAGACUUGCCAAACUCCGACAAAAAAAGAUGAAAACAUCUAAAGAGGAUGGAGCAGAGGAAGAAAUUAGAGAUGGAGAUGUUAUUGGGCCAUUGCCACCAGAACCAGAGGUCAUGCCAGCUCCUCAUACAGCUGCCCAGAGUAGCAAAGUCGAAGUCAUCGUUCAGGAGAGGAAGGAUACCCGGCCUGGGGUGCCACACAUCCGGGAGUGGGACAGAGGAAAAGACUUUUCCUUUGGGUAUUGGUUGAAGAGGCAAUCAGAUCUCCGGGCUGAGAGAGACCCUGAGUUUGCCCCACCAUCGAAUUACUUUGUGGACCAAAAAAGAACUGGUUCUCUGAGUAGCCAGGCAUGGAACAGACCUGCACCUGCACAGAGUGACCCGGGGCAGCACCCUGGCCAGAGCCAUGACCCCAGCUCUUCACAUACAUCAUCCACUCCAGCCCCCAGCGGCCUACCACAAGCCCAGGCGGUCACUUUUGAAACUCUGGAUGAUAUGAUUUCAUACUAUAAACAAGUGACAUGAACUUAAAAACACUAUAACUUGGGUCUGUACUAUUGAUGGUGCCUUCCUCUCCCAGAGCAGAGAAAAUAACUUAACUUUAGGGACUGAACUGUAACUUUCUCUUCCUGUCUUUUCCCUGAAGAUCCAGACUUCAGGCUGUAUUUGUCAGCAGGGAAGAAAGUGAAUGGUACUGUGGGAACUCCGGCCACUUAGCUGUUCAUUUCAUUCUCAUUGGUAUGGAGAUACCAGUUCAUCUGGAUUUACAUGUGAGCUGAGGUAGAGUAAACAUACUCUGUAAUACUUGAUACUAAGGUGUUUGCAAUCCUGUCUGCUUCAUACCCACUCCCAAGACUUAUUCAGAUUUAAGGGUUCCACUCCUUUCCUUUUGCCAGUACUAGCUUGUAGGUGUCUUUGUUCCAAGCAUUCAGCUUCCAGGUCAUUUGGUGGAGCAUCUGUCAGGAAGAAUUUUAGCCUGUCAAAUGAUGGCACAUGAGGGUACACUGGGAGGCAAAGUGAUCUAGUCUCCAGGAGGACCCUGACACUAAUGGAGAAUUAAGCAUAUCAUUUGAAAUGAACAGGAAGACCAGGGAGGACUUCACAGUCCAGAAAGGUAGACAUUGACGUCACUUGCUCUUACUAUCACUCCUUUUUGAGUGGCGAUUAUCACAGCCACGCUUAGUGGGCGUUCAUUAAGUGUGUAUUGAGUGAUGGGCACAUGUGGAGGUUGCUGGGCAUGGUAAGAGCUGUGCUCCUUGGCCACCAGGGUUGGAUUUUCAUCUCCACCUGCCUCCCUGGUUCUCCCGCUCUGGGCCCUGAUCUCUCUUGGGAGCUGAGUCAUCUCAGCCUGGGUAGGAUGGACUUGCGCUGGAGUGAGGGACAGCAAGGUCCUUUUGUCUUUACUAACAAGUGGGUGAGCAGAACUCCAGAAGGACUUCCUGUGCCUGAGUACCAUUCCCGUCCUCUACCUACUACACCUCAAUGUUCUCUUCACAGCUGCAGACAAGCAGUAGAAGUUGACCACCAGGUCCACAGGGCUGUUACAGCUGCCUCCCAGGCCAGUGAGUCUUGUAAGAAGGUGUUAGAGCAGGUCCUCAAAGCACCUGCUGGAGCCUGUGGUCUCUGUUCCCACAGCACAGUGGUGUUGAUGGGAGUACAGAGAGGGUCCGUGACUAGUCACGUGAUAUCUAAGUGGCAGAUUGUUUAGGUGCAUGUUUGCUUCAGACUCAUGUUUUCUUCAUCACCCUCUGCUCUCAGUCUUUUGCCCCAGUAUGGAUCAGUAAUAGACAAAAUUCCAAAUUCUUGCAAACUUAACCUCUGAAGUCCAGAUCAAGGGUGGAGUUGCGAGACCUAUUAAAUGGUCAUUUUGUCAGCCUGAUCAGGCAAAUAUCUCUCCUAACAAAAAUGAAAACCAACUGACCCAGCUGCCUUUUUCUGCAGAAAAGGGACCAGAAUAUCAAAUAUUCAAAACAAUUUUGAAUAAGAACAAAGUUGGGGGACUCACUUCCUGAUUUCAAGACUUACUACAAAGCUACAGGGAUCAAAACAAUGUGGUCCUGGACUUCCCUGGUGGCACAGUGGUUAAGAAUCCGCCUGCCAAUGCAGGGGACAUGGGUUCGAGCCCUGAUCCGGGAAGAUCCCACAUGCCGCGGAGCAACUAAGCCUGUGCACCACAACUACUGAGUCUGCACUCUAGAGCCCGGGCCCCUAGAGCCCAUGCUCUGCAACAAGAGAAGCCACCACAAUGAGAAGCCUGCACACCACAACUAGAGAAAGCCUGCGUGCAGCAACGAAGACCUAACGCAGCCAAAAAUAUAUAAAUAAAUAAAUUUAUAAAAAAAACAAUGUGGUACUGACAUAUUGAUAAAUCACUGAAACAGAGUUGAGAGUCCAGAAAUAAACCCAUACAUCUAUGGUCACUUAAUUUUUUGACGGUGCCAAAAUCAUCCAGUAGGGAAAGAACAGUCUUCUACAGAUGGUUCUGAGACAGCUGACUCGCCACAUGCAAAACAAUGGACUUGGACUCAUACGUCUCACCACAUAAAAAACAAAAGCACCUCAAAAUGGACCAAAGGCUUAAAUGUAAAAGUGUAAAACCAACUGAAACAGCUUGUAGGACAAAAGGAGAGGAGACAAAAAGAAAAAUUGGAAUACUAAAAGGAAAAAACAAUUAUUAGAUAUUAUUAGAUAUCCUAGAAUCAUAAGGAAAAAUAGAAGAAAAGAGAAGGUGAAUAAUAGACUAGAGAAAGAUGGGAAGAGGUUGUGUUUAUAAGGUAGAGCAGAAGGUCUCGAGAGGCAUAGUGUAGAGAAGGGAUGGGAAGACUAGGCAGGCAGCAACAAGCACAUGAGUAUAGGAGGCAGUGGUCACGGAAGGGGCCCCCAAAUAACCUUUUGUCCUUGCCCAGGGCACCCACGUUGGACGGCAGAGCAGCCUGUGCAUGCUGGCUCAGGGUCACUGUCGACUAAUAACUGUAAGUUGGAUAUUCUCUAGGAUUUCAAAGACUAUAAGCCUUUUUCUAAUCUCAUUUUAACAGCAUAUGUUGAGUGUUUUAUGAGCCCAGUUGUUUUAUCCUCUUCCAUUUCGGACUCAGGGUCCUUCAGCGUUAACACAAUUCCAGUUUUAGUGUUUCUUGUGGGCCUGUUUUGUAGGAGUGUGUCCAGCAGAUGGCACUGGAGUUCUUAGGCUGCAGACCCGUGCUCUGGUAGCACUGCCCAGUAGAAAUGAGGUAUAAGCUGUGUGUGUCAGUUUCAGUUUUCUAGGAACCACAUUUAAAAAGUGAAAUUAAUUUUGUGGUAUACAGUCAUCCCUCUGUAUGUGCCAGGACCUGCCAUGGAAACCAAAAUCCGUGGAUGCUCAAGUUCCACAGGCGGCCCUCUGUACCCACAGUUCUGUAUCUGGUUUCAACCAACUGUGGAUCCUGUAGUGCUGUAGUAGUAUUGAAAGAUACGUGCAUAAGUGGACCCUCACAGUUCAAACCCAUGUUGUUCAAGGGUCAACUCUAUUGAAUCCAGUAUAUCCAAAAUAUUUCAACAUUUAAUCGAUAUACAAAACGUUUAAUGGGAUAUUUUGCAUUUCUUUUCACACCAAGUCUUCAAAAUCUGUGUAUCCACUUACAGCCCAUCUUAAUUCAGAUGCUAAAUUUUCAUGAGGAAUACUUGAUCUGUAUUUAGAUUUCAUAAAAUACAUUUGAAAGUAGAUUCACAUACCCAGGUUCAUCCAAAUAUACUGAAAACAUUUAAGAGUUUGCCAAUAACUGAAUUAUCAAGUUUUAAGUUUAAUAAAAUGUAGUUCCUUAGUCAUACUACACCACAUUUCAGAUGCUCAAAAGACACAAGUCUAGUGCUACUGAAUGCACAGCACAACUCUAAAUGAUCUGUUUUUACAUGUUCUGUGGUCUGACUGUACAUAACUCUCCUGUUAGUAACUAAAGGGUUGGCAAACACAUCUCUUCCAAGCAUACAUUAAGCAUUCAUGCUACUCCUAUGGCUUGUUUGACUUGGGAGCUAGCAGUGCUGAAAUCUAUCAGAAAGCAUGACCACACCUCAUUCGUGGCAUUGUGGAGCUAAGCGAAAUAUUUUGGAUCAGAAAUUGCUUUGAAUUAUUUGUUUUCAUUGUAAUCUUUUCUCCAUGCCUUUGUGUGUUUUGAUACAGUUCGUUUGAAUUGGCUAAAUAAAACAUUUUGUUUGCUUGCAAAA